UGGCGACCAGUUUCCUGGCCACACCCUCCUUCUUCAGCAAUCCGCCUAGCUUUAUUGACAUAUAACAACUGCGCGGAGAGGAAUGAGCGAUACUCUAAACCCCGCCUCUACAUUUAUCACCAUGUGUUGCCUUUCGUGGAAUGCAGCCCUCAGGCGUGAUUACGCUAUACAUAUUGGCUCAGAAUUGAAGACACACCUUGGGAACUCCGUCUACUGAACCUGUUCAGACAACAACGCCAAAACCCCACCUUUCAAUCUUUCGCAAGCAGACAAAGGCCGAGUCCUGAUAGGAUGCGAUCGCAAGUCACCGCCUAAAGAACCAGCUGAAGAGUAAGCCGGCUGCAUUCUGCUAGGAUCACAUAGGAGAACUGGGGGGUAUCUAGCUCUUCACAUCAUGCGACUAAUUAUCGCCGCUUGCUUGCGCUUGUUCUGCAUUCACAGACGGCGCUGGUCUUCCAUGUUUCUUCUUCUCUCUUCACUUCUGCUGCUGCUGUUUCUGUCUCUUUCCGGGUAUCUAGAAGAGUGUUUGUCUCGGACACUGCCCAUUUUCUACCCAAACCCUUCUCAGCUUUCCUCUUCUCGACUCGCCAGCAUCCCUUUGCCACCUUUCCUGCUCUCUCCUGCCAAUGCUUGCUCUCCGUCACCCUUACUCCUUGUCUUAGUCUUCAGUGCUCCUUCCCAUAGAGAUAGGAGAGAUGCAAUCCGGCAAACUUGGGGGAGUCUCUCCUCUGCCACAUCUUCUUCAUCUCUGACUCUGUUCGUCUUGGCGGUUCCUGAUAAGGCAGAAGAGAGGUCAGCUCUGGUGCACGAGGCAGUCGCUCAUGGAGACAUCAUUCAAGCCAACUUCACGGACUCUUACCGAAACCUGACCCUAAAAACUCUGACUGGAUUGGUAUGGGCCUUGCAGAAGUGCCAAGGGGCUCGGUUUUUGCUCAAGACCGACGACGAUGUCUUUGUCAACAUUCUGGCCUUGUCCGCCUUUCUGAAGGAGCAGCACCAGGAACUCCAGUAUCUCGGCCGGAUACACUGGCACGUCCCCCCCUUUCGGGAUCCAGAGAAUCGGCACUAUGUGUCGCAUGAGCUUUAUGGCGGAGACCAUUUUCCCCCGUAUUGUAGUGGCACCAGCUACAUUUUGUCUCUCGGAGCAGUUGGUCACCUUUUGCAGGAAGCUGGCAAUGGCCCUUGGCCUACAGUCGAAGAUGUUUACACUGGCAUCUUGGCAAAGGCAGCUGGUAUCGCCCCUCAACAUGUUGCUAAGAUAGCAGGUUCUGCAUCCAUCCCGCACAACAGUUGCUGCUACCGGACCAUGUUUACCUCCCACAAACUUAAACCCCGUGGCAUGCAGGAGGCCUGGAAUAUGCUGAAAGAGGAAGGAGACCACUGGUGUCCCCCGCUAACCCUACUCUUCUGCAGGACAUUUGGGCAGCCUUUGGAUCCAGAAGAAAAUGGAGCCGGUUAACAAGUUGGAAAUAUGUCUUGUUGGUAUUGGGGUUAUGAUCAUUUCCUUGCCAUGGGCCGACUGAAUCCCCGAAACGAUGUAAGCAAGGCACCUACGUUGGCAGCUAACUUUUUGGAACCUUUUCCGUUAUGGAUGAGAAAUACGUUCACUUCUGAAAACCUUCAGAUGGCUUCUAAGUUCAACAGACCAGCUCCUGAUUAUCUGUAUAACGUCCUGAAAAACACGUUGGGGAUGUGGCUUGGAUGGAAAGAGCUGAGGCUGAUUUUAUCUGGUGAUCCUAUAAUUGGGAACGGCUUGCGGCUGCCAGAAUAUUCUUGUACCUUUUACCUUUCAGACUUUUCAUACAACAAGCUCUUUUUUUUUUUUAACCCUGUGUGAUCAUAGUUUCAGAUAACUACUGAAGAUGACAUUUAUUAACUGAACCACUCAGACUAUUCAAAUGAUGUUUGAGGUCAGUCAUGUUUUGGAUGAACUUCAUGCACUUGUGCACUUCUGCCUCUCUCAAUACUAGAGGGACUCUAAUGCCGUUUACAACUUGGGGUUCCCAACUACUGCACAGCAUCUAAAGAUCCUUGAUUGUGAUGAUAUCCAAAAGCAGCUGUACCCCCCCCCCCCCCAAGUGUUCUCUGGUUUUGUAUUUAUGAGAAAUCCUUUAUUUUAUUUAUUCCGAUACCUUUUAACCACUUAAGACCCGGACCAAAACGCUGCUAAAGGACCUUGCCC